GACGGCGUUCGGGGACAAUGACCGAGCGAAGGAGGGGAGGGGGGAAUUGAACGAAAGGUUCGAGCAAAUCGACUAUCCGAAUGGGGGAGAGGGGAAUCAAGAUCUAAAGCUGGUGGAGCAGCAACUAGAGGAUGAAAAGGCCGUAGUUCCAGACGUUGAAACUGCAGAUCACACGUCAGAAGUAGAACCUCCUACCGAAAAAGCAAAACAUGAGCAAGAACUGUCCAGCACUUUAAAAAUUUUAAUACCGUCGUCAGAAGUAGAAGCUGCUGAUCAUGCAACGAGGAAAAGAAGUUCUUUCUGCGCUAACUAUUUCCGGCGAGAGAAGUUCGCUGCCUACCAAGACGGGCGGCAAGACAUCCGCGUGCCGCAGUUUUCGACCCACUACAACAUGCCGCAGGAGGGGUUCCUGUUUGGAAAGUUGCAGCAGGUGACGCGGUUGUUGCGGUUUUUGGAAAAAUUUCAAAGUCAUGCUGGCGAAGGGAAGAAAAGCACUGCUGCUGCCGCCGAUACUGGUAUCGAUUGCACCACCUGGAACCUCGUUCCCGUGGACCCCGAGUUCGCGCAGAACGAAGGCGUUUAUGGAUUGCAAAUAUGUCUGGGUCUGGAAGGUGGCUGCAACUUGUCAUGGUAAAUCUGAGGCAUGCAAAAAUCUGUGUUGCAUGAGUGCCAAAAGCUGUCCACUUUCGACCAAGUUGGGAGGGAGUUUCUCAUGCAGGAUAGGCAUGGCAGAGACCUCACAGAGUCUGUCAUGCUAGGCCCCGCAUUCCACACCUCAUGGGUCAUGGAAAAUCUGCAUGACAAGUAUGACAAGUUUACAUUCUUCCAGACCCAGACAUUUUUGCAUUUGACAGCGUUCAAAAUCUUUUGAAAAACCGCGAGGGCUUCCUGCCCGUCACGAAGCACGACAUAUCGUGAGGGAAAAUGUCCUCGCCUCAGAAAAUUUGUAAUGCUGAUUUGUGACCACAAAUCGUCUUGCAAGUAGGCAACUCCACAGGCUCCGCUGCAUUUUGCAGGCGGUUUGUGAUGCUGUUGGUCCUACAGCGUAGACGUUUGCAAUGCUGGGCGCCUACAACAAAACUGCUCUGCUCGGGCUUCGUAUAUGCCUGCAUUGCUCUAUUGCAAGACAAAGCUGCUUUUCGAUAUGGGGAGGGGGGAUUUUUCCUUACGAUACGACAACGCGUUUGUCUUGCCCGUGCAGCGGAAGGCGUUGGAUGUGGUGAACUGCAGUGGCGGGGUAUUACAAUGAAAAAUGCCCCCACCCCCUAAUUUGCAAAAGUUUGUCAUGCAUAUUUUUUAAGGUUUUCAAAUGAAGAGCUUUUUAUCUAUGCAUGAAAGGACUACGAGUCUUUCUGGUGCAGAACCUAGACUGCGCAAGGUGUCUUGUGCAUAACAGAUCCGGCUGCUGUAGGGCUCCUUUGCAACACAAAUUUGAACUAUUCACCAUGGAAAAUUAUUUGUGAUGCUGAGAUAUGCAAGACGGGGAAUGUUUCCCUUGGAAAGGUUUGCAAUACAAACGCUGCCAAGUUCUGGGAGGGGGGCAUUUUUCAUUAUAAUACGGGGGGAUAGCGAGAAGUACAACUACUAGCGAAAAUGAUGAAGCACUGUUGAACCACGAUGAUGAAAUGAGAAUGACCAACAGCGAUGAACAUCAGGAGUCCACCACGACCUCCAACCCCGCCGCUUCAAAAGCGAGCAAAUCUUCCGCGUUCCUGUUACAUCUCUACUUUCUCCUAUCCCCCCAGAGCACGGAGCUGGACUACGAGGGAAAUUUGGUCAUGACGAUCGACGGCUACACGAAUCACAUCUGGCACCAGGACUACGGGCUCUUGUACAUUACCUGGGACCAUCUACUUUGUUUUUCCACCGGCUCGCGUAUCAACUGCAAAUAUGUCUGGGUCUGGAAACUUGUAAUGCUGAAAGUGAAUGAGAAUGAUAGACGUACUGCAAUACGCAGCUAUGCAUGACAAAUUUUUUGGCUUCCAUGUGUGUCUUACGUAUUCCGCAUGGCAAACUGCGUUUUUGCAUGACAGGCAAGAGGGCCACUUCGUGCCUAUGCAACACAGAUUCUCGAAUCAUGCCAGACAAGCACGACAAACUUGCAUUCUUCCAGACCCAGACAUUUUUGCUCAGACCCAGACCCAGCUGUGAUAGUUCUUAGUUUAAUUAUUUCGAAUGCGCAUUUGGGGAUAGGGUCAUGAACGGCAGUAGUGUCAGCGAAUAGUAGUGAGCAUGCACCCACGGUGUGCUAUUCGCACGGCCAUGACACUACUGCGCGAGCACCCACAGGCUCCCAGGUGCCUAGCGCUUUGGCCAGCGUAGCACCUUGGUAGAGCCUGCGGGACCCCGUGGGCAGAAGUUCAUUGCACCCAAUUUGUAUGUUGCGCAAGUGAUAGUAUAAGUAGCAGUAGUUAGUUCCACCGGUGGACAUAAUAGCAUGUUUCAUCUCUCUCUAGAUAGUGCAUCCACGUAGUUCUCUUUUCUUUUCUUUCUUCAAAAAGUUCAAGUCGUUCUCUUCCCCGUGCUGUACCAAGGUCUUGUUUCCAGACAAAACACCAGACAUUUUUGCAUUUGAUAUCGCGGCACUUCGAGCAAUCGCGGGAACUGAUUUACGAGUACUGGGAAAAAUUCAAACAGACGGAGCUGCCCACGGAGGAGAGAAGACGCUUCUUCAGCGAGUUGCAGAUGCGGUAUCAAGUGCAAAUAUGUCUGGGCUCCCUGGGAGAUUACAAGGUUUGUCAUGCUAGUCUGGCAUCACUCUGGACUCUGUGUUGCGUGGCCGCAAGGUGCUCCUCUUGCCUGUUGCGGAAAAGCGCAGUUUCUCAUGCGGAGUACGCAAUUCAGAACCACGAAAAUAAAACUUUUGUCAUGCUUGGCAGCGCAUUAGAGUGUGCUCGCUAUAAUUCCCUUCCCUGCAUCACAAGUUUAUUCCAGACCCAGACCUAUUUGCAUUUGAUAUGCGGGAUGGUGAGGCGAAACAGAAAAUCAUGCAGGAGCUGGAGGUGGAUAGACUGCUGAAGAAAGUUGUGCUGAAAGAAAAUGCGGAGCCAGAAGUACUGGUCCGCGAUUUUGAAAAGGCGGUCAGUUUUAUCCAAGAAAAAAUCUGUGUUAGUGUAAGUCUUUUGGGAAAACAGCAUCACAAGUUUGUCUGCCAUGACAGGACAAACUUGUUAUGCGCAGAUACAAAGGGAAAACACAUAGGAAGCGAGCCGAUCAUGCGUGUCGAGCAUGACAAGUGUAACUGUUUGGCAUUUUCUGCAUCACAGAUUUACACUUACACAGUUUUUGUCUUGCAUAAGUUUCGGGAGAAGAAUCCUGGACGAAAUCGAUGCGGAGCUCCUGGGUACUAUAGCUGCUCGUGGGAGCAUAUGGAUUGUAAAAGUGUCUGGGUCUCCUGGAAGAAUGCGACUUGUGAUGCUAAUUCCGGAUCGUGCAAAAAUCUGUGUUGCAUGAAUGCCAAAAGCUGUUCACUUUUGACCAAGUUGAGAGGAAGUUUCUCAUGCAGGAUAGGCAUGAUACGGAUCUCGCAGAAUCUGUCAUGCUAGGUCCUGCAUUCCAGACGAGAUGGAUCAUGGAGAAUCUGCAUGACAAGCCUGGGAAUCUUCCAGACCCAGACACUUUUGCAUUUGAUAGAGCACUAGCACUUCUGCUUCGAGCGGCGGAGUCAUUUUCUCAAAUCAUGAUGAUUCGUCGGAACAAGAGGAGGAGCAAUCAUUUUUCUCUACUACUACUUCCGAAGGUGGAACAAGUGUGGCUGCGGGUGCACCAUCUUCCGCAAGCGCCAGCAGAACAGAGUCCUUGAGAAUACAGACAGAAAGUCAAGAGAAUACUGUUCGUCCCAAGAACUUCUAAACGACGCGCGAGUUUUGGCAAUGGUGCAGUUGCCAGAUCUUCGUUUUAUUUGGCCUGAUAGAAGAACAGGGUCGUUUUGUCUGCCUCAAG